UUUUGAUCACAUACAAGCAUCCUACAUUAAAUAUCGUAAAAUACAAUCAAAACCCAUUUUAUCAAGUUUAGAUCCCAAAAUCUUUAUUAAUUAACCCCAACAAACCAUCAAAAUGUCUGCUAAACAAAUCGUUACCGUUUUUGGGGCCACUGGUGCCCAAGGAGGUUCCGUGGUCAAAGCCAUUCUUGGAGACUCUAAGAUGAGGGAAAUCUGGACCGUCAGAGGUGUUACUCGUGAUACGACAAAGCCUUCAGCUAAAGCCUUGGAAAGUCUCGGUGCUGAGACUGUUUCUGUAAGUGAUAUGCCCUUCCAGAAUCUGCUCCAGAUACUGAUAUUGGGAAAAAAGGCCGAUUUGAAUGAUCCACAGUCUGUCAAAGCUGCCAUCAAGGGCUCAUAUGCAGUCUUCGCAGUGACCAAUUACUGGGAGAAGGGACUUCCUGAGGCUGAGUUGGCACAAGGUAAAGCUAUGGCUGAUGCCGCAAAGGUACAGAGAUCUCACUUUUCGCCAUUGUGCAAGAACUUAGCUAACUCUCAAUAGGAGGCAGGUGUUCAACACUUUAUCUGGAGUAGCUUGCUGAAUGUGACAGAGCGUCAGUGUUCUCCAAGUAACUUUUCUGUAAAUUUCUCGUACUGAUUCAAUAAGUAUCCAAUGGUGCUCUCCCACAGGUUUCCCAUUUCGACUCCAAGGCCAAGGUUGAGAAGUACAUCAAAUCCAUUGGACUUCCAGCAAGUUUCUUCUUGCCAGGUUUCUACAUGAGCAACCUCCCAGGAGGAAUGUUCCGACAAUCUCCUGACAAUACCUGGGCUCUCUCCUUGCCAAUCCCCGCCUCUUCGCCUGUCCCUCUCUUGGACACCGCCGAUGACACUGGAAAAUUUGUCAAAGCAAUGUUACUCAACCGCGAGAACAUUCUUGGCAAGCAAAUAUUGGGUGCUACCAAGUAUUACACUCUAGAAGAACUGGUUACUGAGUUCAAACUUGCAUUCCCAGAGGCUGGAAAGACUGCUAAGUAUAACGAAUUGCCGCAUGAUAUCUUUAAGAGUAUCGUUACGAUGAUGGGCCAAUCUGAACAUGCUGCAGAGGAGUUGCUUCAGAAUAUGAGGUUGAUGAAUGAGUUUGGGUAUUAUAGUGGUGCUUCUUUGGAUGAGUCGCUUGGAAUUCUUGGUGAGAAGCCAACUACGUGGGCUGAGUUUAUGAAGAAGGCUCCGGCUUUUGCUGAUUUGAAGUAAGGGCAAUUGGAAAAGCAAAUUGAUGCGAGUUCAAUGUGUUUAUUUAGAG